UCUUGGAAAAAAGACGCCCUGUUUGGAGCUUUGCAAUCAGAAGACGGAAAAUAUCGAGAGUUUCCGAUUGCAAUUAACGCCAAUCGAUUUCAAUUUAGGUCUAAACAAGUUUACAAACUAUUGUCAUUGGAUCAUUAUUCGUGGGCGAUUAUGUCCUUAUAAAUUGUGGAAAGGAUCAAUGUCAAAGCUCCAAGUUAGAACAAGAUAUUUUUGGUCAGUAAACUCUUGAACAGGGUUGUCGUGUAAUAAAAGACAAGGUUAGUUGCUGAUGUGGAAAUCAAGAUGCGGUCAGGAGUUUCAACGACGAUGUAAAAUGGCGCUGAAUUCAACUUUUCUUCAGUGAGACGGGGAUAGCGUGUUUUAGUUUUACAAUGUCUGUGAGCAGCUGCACAACUGUGGAGUCUGUUACCAUGGUAACAGAUGAGAUGACCUCAGGCCAGUCAUCCCAGAAACAGGCUGAAUAUGAAACACAGUAUUUUGGUUUCACCCCAAAGUCUUUUAGCAAUGGUGUGUAUAAUGCUGUCAAUGACUACAUGAUGGAUGGGCUGCAGGCUGUGGAGGGCUACAUGAACACUGAGUAUGGAGAUGUUAUAGCACCAAGUCAAGUAAAUGAAGGAGUACAGAAGAUGCAACAGAAGAUGGCCAAACAGGUGGACAAGGCUUUCGACACACUCGAGGCAUAUCUCUUCACGAACAUCUUCUGUAUUCCGGAAAACACUGUUCUGCCCGAGGAUCGAGUGAAACAAGACAAGAUGUACACAGAAGAUGAGGAGAAGAAAAUACACAAGGACAUAGAGGAAUAUACACAGAAAAUACUGGCUGUGAAGCACGCCAACACCUGUCUGCAGGGUGAGCUGGACGACAUUGACCGGGCACAAGCCCAGAUGAACCUCAUGCUGAAACAAACCCAGGACAUGCAACAAGUCCUUCGCCAGGCUGGAGUUACAGAUGUGAAGGACAGUCUGGUGUACGGAGCCAACCAGGUGCUGAAGAGAGUGAACCUCCUCAAGGACAUCCAGGUGGUGUCAAACAAGAACAGUAUAAAAGGAGAGGAUACCAAGAAAUCAUGAUGCUGUCACAGCCUACAGAAUCUGCCGUCUCUAUAACUACGUGGAAAUGUGUCAAACUGUCACCAAGAAACACAGACAUCUUCCCCGUGGCAGCUAGUUUGCAUGCACUGAACACUACAACUCACAGAGAUAAUAAUUGUACAGAUAUAGCUAGGAUUUUCAGGAAUAAAGUGCCGGUGGUUUGCAGGAAAUAGA